AUGCUCCCUUUAAAAUUGGAGGAGUCACUACGCAAAUAUCAAACACCCUUACAGUAGGCUACAGGUGACCUCAACACGUGUGAACUCUCAUGUGAAUCCCUAACUCCCCUCUCCAUCCCUCUAUCUCUCGCCUCUUCCACCUACAGAAUUGUGUGUUUGCUAAAUGACGCCACGGGCUACCGGGUGCAGGAGGCCAACGUGGAGGUGUGUGUGAGGGACUGCCUGACAGACUACAGGGCCCUCUCACCCCGGGCAUUCACCUUUGUGGUAAGUAGUAUCCAGAUGACACACUAGAUGGAUCCUUACAUUAGACUGAGUAUUGAUGAUUUUGUUUUUGCUAAUAUAAAUGUAUAAACAUAUGUGUUAUGGUUUACCUCCAUCUCCAGACACCCUUCUUCACACGAGUGUUGCCUGCUCAGGGUCCUCUCUCUGGGGGCACCAGGAUCACCAUUGAGGGCAACCACCUCAACGCCGGCAGCUCUGUGUUUGUCAACAUCGGACGCCACCCCUGCCACUUCAAAAAGUGA